AUGCCCCGCAAAUCCGGCCCCCAAGCCUCCUCCUCCAGCAACGGGGCCGAUUCCUCAGACCCCACAACCACCGUCCUCCCCUCAACGAACACCCGGGGCCCAUCUACCUUCUCAGAUGGCGGUCCAUUGCCAAAAAUGAUCGUCUUCGACCUCGACUACACUCUCUGGCCAUUCUGGGUAGAUACACACGUCACGCCGCCACUGAAGGCGAUUGUAGGAAAGGGCGCGGGGACCAAGGUCAAGGACCGGUAUGGGGAGGGGUAUGGGUUCUAUGGGGAUGUGCCGGAGGUUUUGGCUGCGAUCCGAGCAAAAGACAUCAAAAUCGGAGCCGCCUCUCGAACCCAUGCGCCAGAACUCGCCCGCGAGAUGCUCAAGCUCCUCUACGUGCCCUCCUCCUUCUCUGCCGCAACCUCUGCCUCCGACCCCUCCUCCACACCACAGAUGAAAGCACUCGAGAGCUUCGACUACCUGCAGAUCUUCCCAGGGAACAAGAUUACGCAUUUCGAGGCGCUGCGGAAGCAGUCGGGGCUCAAGUACGAAGAGAUGCUGUUUUUUGACGACGAGGCGCGGAACAAGAAUGUGGAGACUUUAGGCGUGGUGAUGUUCCUCGUGAGGGACGGGGUUAGUACGAAGGAGAUAGAUCGGGGAGUGGAGAGUUGGAGGAAGCGGAAUAAGGUGGGUUGA